UGAUACGAAGAACAUACAAGCCUAGACAACACAAGUCAACGUCAUUACCACACCGACAAUGUAUCUACCCACCCUUGUUAUAUCUUGUAUCACGCUUAUCCUGAGUAUCCCUUACUCACUAUCUAUCACCAUUGAUAAAACCAGUGCACUCGUUGCAUCGGAGACGCUAAUCCGACGCUACUCAACGCAAGGGGCGGAUAACGCCGGAUUAACGCCGGAAGAGUUCUCCGUGUUCUUGACCAAGAUGACGUCACACUCGCCGGAGUUCAUUGACAAGCUAGUCGGAGACUGCAAGCGUCCGGAUAAGAACUGUAGCUGGAAAGAAGAGUGCCCUGGCGUGCAUGAGAUUUUCGAUAACUUGGCAUCAGACGGCUUGCUGAAGUCUGAUGGCUUCUUUGACGCACUUCCGUUCGCGCUAAACACACUGAGCUCCGAGAACUGCACGAGAGGCGCGCUGGAGGAAACCUACCAUGGCAAGCACAAGAGGAAACCCUCGGCCAAAGAGACAUGGGGCUACAGCAUCGGCUUUGUCACCCUGAUCAUCUUCAUCUCCAACAUCGGCGCCUGCCUGGGACCCAUCAUGGAGAAACGGUUCUUCAAACGUCUGCUGCAGUUCCUGAUUGCCAUGGGCGCCGGAUCUCUGGCGUCGACCAGUCUGCUCGUUCUGAUCCCAGAGGCGUUCGGUAUCAUAGAAAUCGAAGAAAUAGGCCACGCUUAUGUAUGGAAAGCCUCAGUCGUCAUAAUUUCAAUUUAUAUACUCUUCAGCUUAGAGAGAUUGUUCAAGACUGUGUUAUAUAACAGAAAAACCGGUAAGAUCGGCUACUCGGCUUCGGCCAGCACCAUGGACUCUGUAGCCCCGCUGACCGAUAUCCGGAUCAACGGUCACCUUGGCAACAACCAGGACGCCGGACACUCCCACUUUCACCUGUCGACAGAGCAGUCCAACGACAAGGUCACCCUGGCCUGGAUGGUCAUGGCUGGUGACGUCAUCCACAACUUCGUGGAUGGGUUAUCCAUGGGCGCGGCUUUCUCUGAGGAUGUUGGAUUAGGGAUUAGUAUAUCCCUGGCGAUUAUUAGUGAGGAGUUGCCUCAUGAGCUGGCGGAUAUAGCUAUACUGCUCCACUCCGGCAUGUCCAUCAAGAGGUCACUGUUCAUCAACUUCCUGUCGGCCUGUGUGUGCUACAUAGGACUGGUCAUCGGUAUCCUCCUCGGUACCACCCUCACGGAGGCCAGCAAGUGGAUCUUCGCCAUGGCCGGUGGAUUGUUCCUCUAUGUUCCAUUGGUGGAUAUGUUGCCGGAUAUGAGUGAACACCUGGACAUAUUGCUACAACGAGGCGGGCCCGAGGCUAAAAUUGUCGCCGGUCUGCACACGAUUGGCCUGCUGAUGGGAGCCGGCAUCAUCAUCUUCAUCGUCAACAUCAACUCCUACAUCGACGUCAACUAGAACUUCCGCUCCUGCGGGGAAUGUUAACUGAAAUGUUAACUUAUUGAAGCAGGCUGAAGUUAACUGUAUACUUUCUUGUUAAAGUUAUCACAAAAUUAAUAUAAAAUAUUUUUCUGCAAUGAAGAAUGUACUGAAAGAAAAAACACAAACUUUUAUAAAGUUAUGCUAAUGCCUGCUACUCGCUUCCUAGUCUUUCCGAUUUGGUCGUUUUGACCCGUUCUUGCCCGUUCUUGCAUCUUCCACUGCUAGACUUGCCUGCUAUUGCUUAUUGCAUUGAUCUGUCAUAGUUUUUGUUUUGUUGUCUGUCACAAGAAAGUCUUCAGUACUUUUUAAAGAAGCUGCAAUAUUCCCAUGUACAUUUUUUUGAAAAAAAAAUGUUUUUCUUUAAAUAUAUAAUAAUACACUACUAUUUAAUUUUAAUAACUAUAAAAACGUGGGUUACUAUAAUAAUCUAUUGGAUACCUUUACUAAUAUUAGGAAGCAAGUUAAAUAAAAGCUUUUAAAAAUAAUAUUUCGGCUGAUAGAAAAUGUGUACUUCUAUUUAAUAAUGACUCUGUAAAAAGAUGUCGCGGAUUCUUUUCCUGAAUACUUUACACUCCUCCCUUCACCCCUUUCUCCUUACCCCUCAUCUCUGUCUAAUUACUUUUCCCUCCCACCCUCCCCACUUCCUAAAAUUCUUCUUAAACUAGACUGCAGUUUAGUAUAUAAAUAUACUAGCCGUCCCGGCCAGGCCCUGCUCUGGCUUCUGUGAAAAACCUUUCUGUUAAAGACCAUUACCUGUGUGUUUAGUAAUCAUCAUAAACCCGGCAUUGCCCACCCAAACCACAACCAACCAAAACAACAAAACGCAAACAUAACGCUAACACAAUUACAAAUACAAACGAAAACAAAAACCUAACAACAAACCCAACCACAACCACAAACACCAAUACAAACACAAAGAAAAAACAAACAAAAAAGCAAACGAAAACAAAAACCUAACAACAAACCCAACCACAAACACCAAUACCAACAAAAAAAACAACGAAAAAGCAAACGAAAACAAACCAAAUACAAACGCAAAACCAACCAAAAACACAAAUACAAACCCAAACAAAAAAAACCCAAACAAAAACGAAAAAAGAAAGAACAAAAACGAACCAAAUCAAAGCGCAACCACUAACGCAAACCCACCUAAACACAAAGAAAACACUAACGCGAACAUAAACGCCCGGGGCGGAAUCACCUGUUUUAGCUUAAUGAACGACUAUAGUACCCCAACUUAUUCAUAGUCUUUUGCACUCACUUAAACGAACGCGCCUGUUUCAAUUUAAUGAACAAUUUUAAUACUCCAAGCUUAUCCGUAAAAUACCUACAACAUUUGCACUUGAUCAAUCCCCGCUAAUUAUGUAAUUAUUUUUUUUUGCCAACACCAAAACAAAGUAAUAAAAAGUAAAUUAUUUUCCACUAAUGCAAUGGUUUUAUAAAGGGAAGUAAUUGUGUUUUCCUAAUUUAUCAAAGGGAAGUAAGUGCUAUAGGACUAAUUAAAGACAUAAAUAGAAUUUUAGUAAAAGAUGAUAUUUUUUUUUAAACUUGUGUUUAAUGAACAUGCCGACAAUUAUUACUAUAAUUUGAAAAAUGAAAAUUAUUUUCCAACACUUUCAAUAGUAAUUUUUUAACUCAUAAAUUUAGACAAAUGCGCACGAUAAUUGUCUAACACUUAAAUCCAUCCAAGACCAACGACAAACAUAUGCGUUACAUACAGAACUGAGCUUUAUAUAUUAGAUUUGCAUAUAAAAUAUAUUUAAAAGAUGGCAGUAAACUUAAUACUAUCAUCACGGCUAAUGUAAUUAAAGAUAAUUUAAUUAUCUGAACUAAACAGGUUCAUUCACAUUAAUAAUUAAAUAUACGACUAAUCCAAAGGAGGCUGAACCUCAUUAGAAGAAAAAAUCCGCCUUGUUUUUAGUAUUCUCAGAAAGACUAUUUUUCAAGAUUAUUUUGUUUAUAUUUGAGGUGAUCUCAAAGUGGGAAUUAAAAUAUUCCUUCAAUGUAAUCUUAU